AUGUCUUUGUCACGCAGUCCCUCCCCAGUCCCCGGCGGCGGCUGGGCGAGUCCGGGUCUCAACAUCGUGAGCGGCCGAUCGAGUCCGACGAGAGCAUACCCGGGAUCCAGCGGCACACCGGCGAUGUGGGAGUCAUCCAGGUUAAAGAAGGGCAACGGCCCCGGAUACCCUUCGUUUUCGACCAAGAACCAGAGCUUUCUCGGCCGGCACAUGCGCCGCAUCUCGAGCAGCCUGCCGCGCUUCGGUUCGAAUUCGCACUAUGCUGAUAAGGAAAAGCUGGGGCGGGGCAGGUGGUCGAUUCACAACGUGCCCCUACUCGGGCGGGUUAGAGGAAUCAUGGCGCGCAUGGGCAGGAAGAUGAAAAUCAGACUACUGAUCCUGCUCAUGUUCAUACUCUCCAUCAUUAUAUUCUACAACAGUCCUCUGGUAUACCAUUGGCGGAGAUCGGCCUGGUUCGGGGGCGGCCAAAAGUUCGUCAUCAUACUUGGGGCUAAUGUCGGAGGCGGGGUGAUGGACUGGAAGGGUGCGCGAGAAUGGGCGAUCGAGCGCGACUCGGUGCGGAACAAGAAGAGAUACGCUGCUCGUUGGGGGUAUGAGCUCGAGAUCGUCGACAUGAGCACCAAGAAGCGGUAUGCACACGAAUGGCGAGAGAGCUGGGAAAAGGUCGAUUUCGUUCGCACUCGUCAUGAGGAAGUACCCAAAGGCCGAGUGCCCUCGUACUCACUCCAGGACCACAUCUUCGACAACAUCGAGAAACAUGUCUAUCGAGACAUCAACGAAUACAAUCCCCUCAACAUCACACACCCCUUUACCGAGACGUACCUCGACGCCGAGUCGCAAAGCCCAAUAGGCGACGGGAAGUCCGGUUCGGUCAAUCUGAUGCUGUCGCAAGACUGCUCCGGCUUCAACCUGGGCUCCUUCUUUGUUCGUCGAGGUGUGUGGGCCGACCGGCUGCUGGACGUCUGGUGGGAUCCGGUGGCCUACGAGCAGAAACACAUGGAGUGGGCGCACAAAGAGCAGGACGCGCUGGAGCAGCUGUACAUCUCGCAGCCGUGGGUCCGGAAGCACACUGCCUUCCUGCCGCAGCGCAUGAUCAACAGCUUCCCCAGCGGGGCGUGCGCCGACAACGGAAACGACUCGCGGAUCCACUACGACCAAAAGGACCGGGACUUCCUCGUUAACAUGGCCGGUUGCGAGUGGGGACGGGACUGCUGGGGAGAAAUGUACAACUUCCGGGAGCUCAGCUACUACCUGAACCCUGUAGGACGCCAAAUGUUACCGAGGGUGGAACGCUGCACUGGAUGGCGGGCGACAUGGCCUUUCGCUGUGGCUUUACCUCGCUUCACCUCGCUUCAUCCUUGGAGCCUUAACAGGCGAAUGUUGGCCCCGCCCCAUAUCAGCAACGACAAAGAUGCCGCCUCUGGUAGCACCCGGCACCUACAACCCGAGCAGGAAUCGGAAGCCGAUCGCCACGAAAUCUGUUAUUUUCACAUGUUCAUAUUUGCUCAAGCGGUUUUGGAGUGGCGGGAUAGGGUGGAUUAUUAG